AUGUCUGAUUUCCAGAAUCUCUUUCUUAAUUGGCCUCAGGUCUGCCUGGAUGACUCCAUCUCUCCAGUUGUGCUGCGGACAAAGUUCUCAGUUCAGGAACAACCAGAUAACAGCAAUCUGCGACCCAUCCUUCACCCUGAGACAAAAACUUCCACUGACAUUGAGGUUCCCUUCCAGAAAGACUGCGGCCAGGAUGGAAUUUGUGUGCCUGAUCUUUCGGUAUCUUUUAACUUCUCAGGAUCUAAAGGAUUGAAGUUGAGCCCAAAUUUCAUACUGAAUUUAACAGUGAAACUAGAAAAUCUGGGAGAAUUGGCAUAUGAGCCGGCCAUUUCUUUUUACUACUCUUCUGUUAUGUCCUUCCAGGGAGCUUCACUUCUUCAAUCGAACUGGCCACUGUUCCCGGCUUGUCAGAUGCAUGGAUUACCAGGAAAUGCCUCCGUACGCCACAGCUCCUGCCGUUUCAGGCCACCCGCUCUCAAGGCAGGCACUCAGGCCUUCCUCCGGGUUUCCUUCCGCUCCUCCAGAGGUGAUGCCUGGCCGGACAAGUUCGUUUACUUCACCAUCCGUGCACACAGUUUGAAUGAGAGCAACGUGAAAGAGAAUAAUGAGGCUACCGGACGGCUGCCUGUUUUGCAUCCCGUCAAUGUCAUAGUGAAAGAGUAA